AUGCCAAAAACAGCCCUCAUAACCGGCGCAACAGGCCUCCUCGGUCGCCAAGUCGUUAAAGCCUUCGAACGCGCAGGCUGGGACGUCAAGGGCACAGGAUACACACGCGCCAAACCACCUUCAAUCAUCAAGCUAGACCUCAACUCCUCGUCCGCCAUCGCAGAGACGCUGUCCGAGGUCAAGCCUCAAGUCGUUGUGCACUGUGCAGCAAACCGCUUUCCCGACAAAUGCGACUCUGACCCCGCCGGUACCCGCGCCCUCAACAUCACCGCGACCAGCACGCUCGCCUCUCUCUGCGCCCAGCACAAUAUCCUGCUCAUCUACAUCUCAACCGACUAUGUGUUCCCCGGCACAGAAGGCAACGCGCCAUACGAGGCCGACAGCAAGCCCAGCCCGCCGAAUUUAUAUGGGCAGACGAAGUGGGAGGGAGAACAGGCUGUGCUGGCGGGGAUGGAGAAGGGAUGGGGUGUGGUGUUGAGGGUACCUGUGCUUUAUGGGGAUGCUGAGAGGCCGGCGGAGAGCGCGGUCAAUGUGUUGAUGGAUAGUGUGUGGAAGGCGCAAGAAGAGGCGGCGGGGGUGAAGAUGGAUCACUGGGCGUUGAGAUAUCCUACCAAUACCGAAGACGUGGGGCAUAUGGCGACGAAAUACCUCGAUACGGAAGAUAAGACGAGUCUGCCUACCAUACUACAGUUCUCUUCCGAAGACAAAUUCACGAAAUACGAAAUUUGCGAGUUGUUUGCGGAGAUUAUGGGGUUGCCGCUUGAUGGCAUGGUUGCGAAUACCGAGGGCAACGACCCGAAUGCCAGUGUGCAGCGACCGUAUGAUUGCCAUCUUUCGAGUCGGGCGUUGAAGGAUAUUGGAAUCAAUACUGCUACCCAGGAUUUCAAGGGGUGGUGGAAGAGGGAGGCGAGGGCCUUUAGGAAAUAG